UCGGUUGCAGUUGAUUACCAUUGAUUUCAUGACGCCAAACCUUCCAGUCUGGCUGUUUGCUCCAUCACAGCUACCAUGAGGUUUUUAUCAUUAUUUGCUCUGUUGAUUGUGCCUUCUGUUUAAAAUAAUGCUUCCCCUUCUCUGAUGCCACUUUUUACUUGCUAUGGCCGCACUUAUUCUGGUUCGCACUGCUAUUUGAAUCUUUUUCCGCAUAUAUCCUCUAUUUAUCUACCCACUCACGAUCAAUACCUUCUCUCUUUCAGAUUGUUCCAUUACGUCCAGGUUUUGUCAUAUCUCUUGAAAUAUAUUGCAUGCGUAUUGGAUUCGACUCUGUCGAAGACAUACCUUCGAUCUCAUCGCCCGGUUAUCCCACAGGCUCUCGGUCCGGACCAAACACCCCAACAACACCCAUCACUCGUUCGGGCAAAUCAAAGCAAUCGGCUGCAUUCACGUUUACACCGACAUGCGCGCGGUCAAAGAAAGCGCGUGUGGAUCCAUCGCAUCCGAUGGUUCUACGCGAGGCUGCAUCUAGCCAGUUCACUUCCUGUAUACCUGCUUCUUACCUCGUCUCACCAUCUCGAUCCAUAGAAAAAGCGUCUUGUCUGACUCAAAGCAAAAUUGCAGCUUUCACUUUGAUAUCCUCGGUGGACAUUCGGUACCAUGAUGACCUGCUAUUGGGUCGUCUUCGCACAGAUGAGGAUUCAUCCAACUGCACCGUCACUGCGCCUGAUGAGGUUAAUUCACUUCCACUUAGGCUGCUUCGCUUGCCACGAUCCUCUCCGCUGACUGGUUUUGCCGGUCUCGUCGACGCUGCAGUCUCUCUGGAGGCACGUGUGCUUACUCGAGGUUUCCUGACCAUAUUCGAGGAAGUGGAUGGCUUGGGAGUGUGGCGUAGAUAUUGGUGUCAAUUAAGAGCAGACCACCUACGAUUUUGGUUAUAUCCCGAAAACGAACAAUCCGUCCAGAGUACUGCUCCUUUGGGUCGCAUCGAUCUACGCCAUGUAGCUGCACCGCGUGCUGUACCCGCCCCAAGACGCAUUUGUGCUCGAGCCAACACCAUAUUUAUGCGUUCGAUCCGGACGAUUGAGCCUGGUUGGUUGUCCGCGUCUAUCAAUGCGAGUUCUUCCGGCACGGAUUCGAACGAGAGCAUUCUUUUCCGCUCCUCUCCAGACCAUAGCUGGUUGGAACAGAGACAUUUGUUGUGUGCGGACACGGUUCAAGAGCGCGAUUCGUGGAUAAAAUGGUUCAAUCUUUGUCUGGACGCUCUAAACGACUGGAUGCCUGAGCAUUUCGCUUGUCUCGCAGCGUACGAUGCUCGUCUUGAUUUCUCGCAACCCGUCUCGUCCAGUUUGUCCGCCUUGCUUAUGCACGGUGACUGUCACUGAAUAAGCAACCACGGAUGCGCCCCAUUUGUACCACGUUCGUUCACCCUCCGUCUUUCUCUUUCAUGUUCGUUGUCACCAGCCUUUUCUGUCUACUAUUUUUUUACACCAAAUGCAUCUACGCCUCUCA